ACUAAUAUAUAAAAAUUCUCCCCCUCUCAUCCCCUCCCUCCUUCUCCAAUUUCCAUAGCUACGCCGUCGCCUCAACGUUUCACUCUCUUCUCAGAUCCACCAUCGCGUCGCACCUAUUGCAGCUCGGGUUCGCGUGAAUUGAAAACCGCGUGGAUUGAAAACCGACAAGCUGCUGCAGAGCGAUACGGACGAAAUCGAGUUUGGAAAAACAUGGCGCAUAGGCUGCUGCGGGACGCUGAAGCUGAUGGCUGGGAGCGAUCUGACUUUCCGAUUAUAUGUGAAUCUUGUCUUGGGGACAAUCCGUAUGUUCGAAUGACAAAAGCUGAUUAUGACAAGGAGUGCAAGAUCUGCACUAGGCCAUUCACAGUGUUCAGGUGGAGGCCUGGACGUGAUGCAAGAUAUAAGAAAACUGAGAUUUGCCAGACUUGCUGCAAACUGAAAAAUGUUUGUCAAGUUUGCCUUUUGGAUCUUGAAUAUGGGCUGCCUGUUCAAGUUCGUGACACUGCUCUGAGUAUCAAUUCCAAUGAUGCCAUCCCUAAGAGUGAUGUGAAUAGAGAAUACUUUGCAGAGGAGCAUGAUCGUAAGGCUAGAGCUGGGAUAGAUUAUGAAUCUUCUUAUGGCAAGGUGCGUCCAAAUGAUACUAUCUUGAAACUCCAAAGAACCACACCGUACUACAAGAGAAAUAGAGCACAUGUUUGCAGUUUCUACAUCCGUGGUCAAUGUACAAGAGGACCAGAGUGCCCUUACAGGCAUGAGAUGCCUGAGGAAGGUGAAUUGUCUCAACAGAAUAUUAAAGAUCGUUACUACGGAAUCAACGAUCCAGUUGCAAUGAAGCUUCUGAACAAAGCUGGAGAAAUGCCAUCUCUAGAGCCUCCAGAGGAUGAAAGCAUAAGAACCCUCUACAUAGGUGGCCUUGAUGCAAGAAUCACCGAGCAAGACCUAAGAGACAACUUCUAUGCCCACGGAGAGAUCGAGUCUGUCAAAAUGGUUCUCCAGCGAGCUUGCGCUUUCGUAACCUACACAACAAGAGAAGGUGCAGAGAAAGCAGCCGAAGAACUCGCCAACAAGCUAGUCAUCAAAGGCUUGCGAUUGAAGCUGCUCUGGGGCCGACCUCAAGUGCCAAGACCCGAAUCCGAAACCCCUGAUGAAGUCAAACAGCAAGCAGUGGCCCACAGUGGCUUGUUACCAAGGGCUGUCAUAUCCCAGCAGCAGAACCAACCUCUUCAGCCCCCCGGCUCACAGUCCCAACCACCUCCUCCUAUGCCCUACUUCAACAUCCCUCCAUUGCCGCAGCAAGACAGAGCUUAUUAUCCCUCCAUGGAUCCUCAGAGAAUGGGCGCCAUCAUCCCUUCUCAAGAAGGUAGUUCGAGCGGACCUUCUGGAUCAAAUGAACCCAAGCCCAGUUUCGACCAACAGCAACAAGCUCAUCACUAUGGCCAUCAUCCAGGUAUGCCGCCACCACCACCACCACGACCGGGGCAGUUCUACCCACAGCCGCCCUAUUAUCCGCCUUAUGGAUAUGCUCCACCUCCUGUGGCACCACCCCACCAGCAAUAUCCUCCGGCUUACCAGUCCAGAAUGCCGCCACCGCCGCCGCCACAGAAUCCUGCUGCCCCAACUGGAAGCUUACAGCAGUCCUGAAUUUGUGGUAUUGCUAUAUCCUGUUUAAAAAUAUAUGCAUUGCGUUUUCAUCUUUCAUGGCUUCUGCUUCCAUGAGCCAUUUUACGCUGUCUUUGUUACCAGAAAAUUUAAAUUUCCUGCUAUGUAUUUUGCUACUGUCUCUUGUCUUUUGUGGGGUUUGACUGUAUUGUAAUACCCCUUUGGAUUUGGUGCUGAAUUAAAAAACUUUCUACUA